AUGGAGCGCUCUGAUUCCGUUUCGUCCACCAACUCCAAAUCCAGCUCCCCCGCCGUUGGACCGUUCGCAUAUCAGACGCGUCUCCUCGAGCGCACAUCCUCUCGCUCCAGCGGUGCUUCUCUCACUCGAAACGCUACGCAGUCGAGAAACACCAUCUUGUCUUCUCCCACCGGAAAUGGAUCAACCCCCAAUGCAACGAGGAGAUGGACGCCGUCGCAUCGCGUUGGAGGCAGCCUCGACAUCGUCCGGGGUAAGUGGGAGGAGCGCUCCAAAGCUGAAGCAGCCCUCGAAGGUCGCACCUUACCCGAAGAUCUUCAUGCAGAACGUACGAAUCUCCCAAAUGUGUCUGCUACAGCAUCGACAGAAUCCCGCUCGAGAUCUACUGAUCGCGCCGAGUCCAGUUACGCUGCAGCGCGCCUCGAGUCGCCUACCCACCAGCGCACGCCCAUUCCGCUGACGAAGCGGUACACAAUGCCCGCACCCAUUAUCGCCUCUCCCCUGUCGCCCAAUACUACAGGCGUGACGGUAGAGAGCCCCGACUCGCCUACAUACUCGUCCGGGCCGCCCACACCGCAACGCAUUCGUUUACCGGUGUCGAAUCAUCUGCCGUCCUCGUACCUCUCGCGCACGCCAACGGCGGAGCCGGAUUCACCGCUUUCCUCGCGAAUACGGCGGUCCAACACCCUAGACAGUGUGAGCACUGACCCCACGGGCUCGUCUGGAACUUCAGAGAAGUCCACUUCUUCCUCGUCUGGUCCUUCCCGAGUACCCGCCCCCGAAGCACCGUCGCCGAGUCCUGUCUACCGACGCCCAACCUCGCUGUAUGCGGGGAGAUUCUCUUCAACACCGUCGUCUCCAGAGAAGAAUGAUUCUCAAACACCAUCGAGUGCCACAUACUCUCGUGCCUCGUCCCUCUCUCCCGACAAACCGGCGCCCUCCUACGUAUCGUCUGUGUCUUCCGCAAUGUCGCCCACUCCGUACAGAAGCUCGUACAUGGCGAACAAGAAGGCGUCGAUGUACGGGGAGUCAUUCACGGCCGGACGCCGACUCGGGCGCCACUUACCGCGGAUCGCGAGCGGAGACGCACCGGAGGAGCCUGUCGAAGUGACGAAGGUCGUGAAGGAGCCGCCUCCCUUGGAGAUACGCACUCGCCGAGAAGAGAGAGAGUUCAGGAACAGAGACUGGGAACCUACGUCUCCCGAGAAGCGCUCGGUGCGCAAAGACUGGGCAUCGAGCUCUCCAGAGAAGCUCACAGAGCGCAGGGAUUGGGCACCGAGCUCUCCGGAGAAGCUCACCGAGCGCAGAAGCUGGGUACCCAGCUCUCCAGAGAAACUCGCCGAGCGAAGAGAUUGGGAGUCCGGCUCCCCAGAUAAGCUCACUGAGCGUAGAGACCGGGCUCCCAGCUCACCCGAGAGACUCUCCGAGCGCCGCACGUGGGGCCCCACUUCGCCCGAGAAACUACUCGAGCGGGAACUGGGGGUCUCGGGGGUGCCGAACGCGGACGACGUGGUUGGAAUCCCCGGGCGGCUGCGGCUGUCGCGCGACAAGGCGCCGAGCGCGCAGACGUCGCCCGCGCCGUCAUCGCGGCUGACGCGCGGGCUGUGGGCGGACGUGCAACGGCACCUGCUGCAGGCGUACGAGUAUCUGUGCCAUGUGGGGGAGGCGCAGCAGUGGAUAGAGGGGUGUCUGGACGAGGAGUUAGGCUUCGGAGUGGUCGAGAUGGAAGAGGGCCUGCGGAACGGGGUCGUGUUGGCGAAGCUCGUGAGGGUGUUCCAGGGCGAUGCGGCGGUGCGGAAGAUCUACGAGGCGCCAAAGUUGGAUUUCCGACAUUCAGAUAACAUCAAUUAUUUCUUCACAUUUGUACGCCAAGUUGGUCUUCCUGAGGGAUUCAUCUUCGAGCUAACAGAUCUCUACGAGAAGAAGAACUUCCCGAAAGUCAUUUACUGCAUUCAUGCGCUCAGUCAUUUACUUGCCCGUCGUGGUUUGGCUGAGCGGAUAGGCAAUCUCGUUGGCCAUCUGCACUUCUCCGACGACCAACUCCAGAAGACCCAGAAAGGUCUCAAGGAUGCGGGCGUUCCUAUGCCUAAUUUUGGUAACAUAGGCCGAGAACUGGCGAAGGAAAUCAACGAAGAACCCGAAGAGGACCAGGAGACUGAGGAUGAACGACGCGAUCGCCUCCUCCUUGAGAGCGAGGACUGCGUUGUCGCGACGCAGGCGAUCGCACGCAGCUUCUUGGCUAGGAAAGCACAGGCAACGCAGCACGCACGAUUACGGCUUGCGGAGCGAUACGUCCCCAAGUUGCAAGCCCAGUGUCGAGCAACGUUGAUUCGUCGGCGUCUGGAAAUUGAACGCCGAGAGCGUACCAAUUUAGGCCCAUGGAUCCUCGCCAUUCAGUCUCAUGCGCGAGGCGUGCUAGCCCGGCGUGCAUGGCGGUCAUAUCUCAAACAGGUGGGAGCUUCGAAGGUGUGGGCAACUAAAGUCCAGGCACAGGCGCGAGGUGUUCUGCAGCGCAGGAAGUUCUUGAAACUGAAGAAUGCAAUCCGGAGUGUCAGAGUCUCUGUUGUGAAGCUGCAGUCGCUAGCGCGUGCGCGGAUCACUCAGAAGACACAUCGCGAGCUCACCAAAGCGUUUGCGGCGCCGCUGAUCAUGUACACCAUCGUCGACUUGCAGGCACAUGCGCGUGGUGCCUUGGCCCGGCUGAGGCUCGCGCGGCAGUUGAAACUCUUGCAGCGAGCUGUGCCGACUGUGGUCAAGUUACAAGCCCAUGCAAGAGGCGUCAUUGUGCGGCGUCAUGUCCAUGCUCAGCUCGUUAAGCUGGGGAACGUAACGGACGUUGUCAUCAGGGUCCAAGCUGCAGUUCGGACGUUCCUUGCUCGCAAGCGACUACUCACUCUGAUUCGUGGUCUGAGGAAGGCGACGCCUGCCUUGAUUGGCUUGCAGGCUCGUGCUCGUGCUAACCUUGCGCGGCAGCAUCACAAGUCCAUGCAUAAGGCACUUUCCGAGGUUAAGAUUGUUUCGUCCGUCGGAGGUUUCCAGGCACUCGCUCGCGCCGCUCUGGCGCGCAACCGACACCGUGAACAAGCCAAGCGCCUGGAAUUCAUCGAACCGGAUGUCGUUGGCCUCCAAGCGGUCGUCCGUGGUGCUCUCGUUCGUCAGGAGUAUCGUGCAUGGCGUGACCACCUCAGAAGGAGCCAUCCCCACGCAACGAUAUUGCAGGCAAUGCUACGAGGCGUGCUACAGCGAAGGAAGUUCCAUGCGAAGAUGCAGUAUUACCGCUCUAACCUCGACAAGAUUGUCCAGAUCCAAUCUCUCUUCCGUGCUAAAGAGACCCGCGAACAAUACCGCCAGCUUACACUGGGCACGAAUGUCAGUGUUGGCACGAUCAAGAACUUCGUGCACCUUCUGGACGACUCAGAGGGGGACUUCCAGGAGGAGAUCAAGGUCGAGCGGCUGCGGCAAGAUGUCGUAAAGCGCAUCAGGGAGAAUCAGGCAUUGGAGAACGAUGUCAAUGAGCUGGACGUCAAGAUUGCGCUUGUAGUGCAGAACGUGAAGAGCUUUGAAGAGCUCACCAAAGUCCGACGGAGAUUGGGUGCCGAUAGUGCAGCAGUGCAUGCUGCCAGGGCAUCGGUUCUCGCUGCUCAUGGUGAUCCUUUUGCUGGGCCCAGUGCACUAGAUCGGUCGGCCAAGCAUAAACUGGAGUUGUAUCAGCAACUUUUCUACCUCUUGCAAACGAAAGGCGAAUAUUUGACAAGACUCUUUUCGCGAAUGUCAACUGAGAAAGACUGGGAAAAGAAUCGCCGGCUCACUGAACGGGUGGUUUUGACGCUUUUUGGCUAUGGGCAAGAUCGCCGUGAAGAGUAUCUGCUUUUGAAAUUCUUCCAGACUGCGAUCCAUGAGGAAACGUCGAAUGCGUUGUCUGUGGAAGACAUUACGCGAGCACAUCCAAUGUUCAUCAACGUCGCAGUGCAUUACUUGCGACCAAAGCAGAUGCCGUACAUCCGCGAGACUUUCCAAAGCGUUAUUCGUGGGAUCUUGGACUCCGAGGAUCUUGAUCUGGAGACAGACCCCGUGGUGAUCUAUCGUGGGAGACUCGAACUAGAGGAGAUGCGAUCUGGCGUACCCUCAACGAAACCAAAGGAUGUCUCGUUCCGUCAAGCUCUGAAUGAUCCCGAUACUCGGGCGGAGUACAUUCGGCAUCUGCAGGUUCUACAGUGGUGGACAGAGGAAUUUGUAAAGGCAAUUACUCAGUCUAUCCAGCUGAUGCCAUACGGAAUGCGAUGCCUCGCCAGAGAAACCCUCACCGCUGUACGAAACAAAUUCCCUGAAGCCUCUCACGAAGCUUGCGCUGCCUGCAUUGCAAGAUUGGUCUACUACAGAUUCAUUAACCCUGCGAUCAUCACUCCGGAGACGUUCGACAUUGUAUCAAAUACUAUUGAUAUUGCGUCUCGAAAGAACCUAGCUCAAAUAUCCAAGAUGCUGACACAAAUUACCGCAGGUGCUGAGUUCGGGGAUGAUGCACCCAUUUUCAUACCGGUGAACGACUAUGUGAGGAAGACCAUCAAACAGAUUGUGUCUUGGCUUCUAGAAGUCGCAAAUGUUCCGGACGCUGAGACCGAGUUUCACGCCCAUGAAUUUCUGGACGCGACCGUUCAACCAAAAGCAAUCUACAUUUCGCCCAACGAGGUCUACUCAAUACAUACUCUUCUAUCACAGUACAUGGAUCAUUUGGCUCCCGCACGCGACGAUAUCCUUAGAGUCAUACUGACUGAAUUGGAAGGGGUGCCCAAUAUUGGAAGUGAAGAGUUGAACGAUGCUCGUGAUACCGCCAUCGAGCUUCAGCUAACUAACCGCUUUGCGCAUGUUAAAGAUCCAGGUGCCGAUGAGAAAGCACUGUGGGUACAAGCGAAGAGGGCCGUCCUUGCCAUUUUGCGCGUACAGCCUGCUAAAGAUCUCGUCGAGUCUCUGAUGCAACCUGUCACUGACGAGCAUGAGCUACUUUGGGAUCGGAUCAUAGAAGAGAUGGAACGCGAGCAAUACCGUCAGCAAAGGCGCAUGCCAUCUACUACAGCGGGAGAUUCCGCAUACCGACUCGAGGACAUUCGAUCAAUGACCUUCCGCGAAGUCAAAGCUCAUGCAAUCUAUUUCUUGCUUGAACUUGAGAAAUUGGGUCGAAUCUCGAGGAUGGACGGAUACCAAGGCAUUCUCAACGCCAUCGCAGGCGAUGUGCGUAGCAAGAAUCGUAGACGCGUGCAAAGACAACACGAAAAAGAGAGCAUGGAAGAGGCGCUGAAAUACCUCGCCGAGCGCAAAAAAUACUUUGAGGAGCAAAUCAAUAGCUAUCACAGUUACGUGGAGACCUCUAUGAGCACGAUGCAGCGGGGUAAAGGGAAGCGACGAUUCGUUCUGCCUUUCACGCAACAGUAUUUCCACAUGCGCGAUUUACAGAAGGCAGGAAAAUCCCCACAGUUCGGUUCCUUCAAGUACAGUGCACAGCAUUUCUACAAGAAGGGCAUCUUGCUGUCAAUUGACCAAUUUUCUCCUCGUCAAUUCGAUAAGAUCGAUAUCGUUAUAUCUUCCAACAGCGUCGGUGUGUUCACCUUCGAGGUCUUCAAUCAUGCGCUCGGUAUAACCAACCGAGUAGCUAACGCUGAUGUGAAGAUGGAAGACCUCCUGCAAGCACAGUUCGAGAACCGUGCUUCUUUCUCGCUCUUCAACGGCUUAGCGAAGUUCAAUCUCAAUUUACUCCUAUGGCAGAUAAACAAAAAAUUUUAUGCUUGA